GCGAAAGGGUGGGGGUCACUUCCUGUAAGGGAGAUCAUUCCAAACUCUCCCCCUAACACGUGUGUUAUUUUCAGUUUCUGGGGAAAAAGUUUGAUUAAGGUGCUGGAUACGUAAUUCGGAGAAUGCCAAAGAAACGGGGAAGGCAGCUAAAAAGGCCAGGGCAGCAAAUCGUCAAACAAAAUUGCAAGAUCCAGAUGAAAAAAACCCACAUUCAUUCGUCUUUCAUCGAGGUCUUGUGGGCAAGCAUAUGAGAGAACUGGCAAGAGACAUAAGGAAGGUUAUGGAACCAUUCACAGCCUCAAAAUUACAAGUAAAAAAGUCUAAUACAUUAAAAGAUCUCACAAGCAUUGCUGGGAUCUUCCAUGUCAGUCGCAUGCUGAUGCUUACGAAAACAGAACAUGGGCCAUAUCUGCGUGUCAUAGCAACUCCACAGGGGCCCACUCUUGUAUUCAAGAUUCAUGAAUACUGCCUUGCACGUGAUGUUGUAUCCUACCUCAAACGCCCAAAUGUGGAGCAAAGUGCUUUCUUGACUCCGCCACUUCUGGUGAUGAACAACCUGUCAGGCGAGCACAUGGAACUGAAGCUUAUACAGGCAAUGUUCCAGGAAAUGUUUCCAAAAAUAAAUGUCCAUAAGGUCGUUAUGGACUCCAUUAGGAGAUGUGUCCUUGUUAACUAUAACAAGGAUACAAAACUGUUAGAUUUCAGACACUACCUUAUCAAGCUGGCACCAGUUGGCAUCAGUCGCAGCAUCAAGAAGCUUAUCAGACCAAAGUUGCCAAAUAUGAGCCGCUUUGAGACCAUUAGUGAGUACAUUGAGAGGGGAGGAAAUCUGUCUGAAAGUGAAGGUGAGAUGGAUGGUCCUCAUAAUGAGGUUACAUUGCCGCAAGAGGUUCGAGGACGAGGGAACAUCAAAGCCACACAGAGUGCUGUUAGAUUAAAGGAGGUGGGCCCUCGGUUGACACUACAGCUAGUUAAAAUAGAAGAGGGCAUUUGUGAUGGUGCUGUACUUUUUCACGCAUUUGUGAAGAAAUCUGUAGAGGAAACAGAAUCUAUAAAAGCUAUGAGAGAAAAGAAACGAAUAUUAAAAGAAAAACGAAAAAGGGAACAGCUAGAAAAUGUGAAGAAAAAAGCUCUCCUAAGAGAGGAGAAUAAAAAAAAAAGCCUGCAAGGCAUCAAGAACAAGCAGGCUAUGAAAAGACAGCCUCAGAACGAUUCAGAUCAGUUUCCAAAGGGUAAAAAAAGGAAAGUUUCUGAAGAAGGAUAGAAGAAAGCAAAGAGAGUAUUUUUUCUCACAAUCACCCCAAAAGAAUCAGCAUUCAUAUUUCCAUCAUGUGAGCAAUAUCACAAUGACUGACAAUUUCUUUUUUUGGUAGGUUCCUACCCCUAACUGAUGUUGGUGGAGUUUGGGGGGGUGUGUGCCAAAUGAAAGUACAAAAUACAUAAAUGCAGUGCCCUUACUUUUUAAAAAUUAAAACAUACAUUAAUUUGUUAUUAGCAAUAUCAGUAAUUUGCAGAUUGUGUUCCAUAAUCUGAAGUGCUUUAUAAAGAAAGUAGGCAACGUUUUGGAUAAAUGUUAGACAGUUACUUGCAAAUAAAAUGAAUAAAUGAAACUGAGGAUGCUUGUAGAAUUUUUCAGGAAUGUACAGCUGUUGUGGGCACACGAACACAAAAUGUAACUCAUGAAUCUCUUCUACUGUAAUUGAACUGUGUACGUAGUGAUUUUCCUCAUCACUAACAGCAGGAGUUUCAUUUGUAUCCUGUUCCUGUACAGAACAUGCAUUUAAUACGUUGAAAAUGACCCUAAUUUGGCCUAGAGAAAAGAGCGCAGAGAAAGAAGGGUGUAUGCAAGACAAGAGCUGAAUUCAGAACAGCCAACCUUCACUGUAUGACAGGCACUAACCAUUGAACCACCAGAUGGCUAUGAUACAAAAAGAAUAAAGUCACAAAUUAAACAAAAAAAUUUAUAGAUAACAAAAUUGAAAAAAACUAAAGAGUUUAAAAUAAGUCAAUUUUAGAGAGAGAGACUUUUAUUUGACGUGAAUGUAAAACCAAUUUUUUUUUUUUUUUUUAUCCUGAGGUCUUGUGAUUUUCUUUAAAAGUGUUUUCAGAAGAAAAAAAAAGUGGUCUCUGAAUUAGUCAAUUCAGUAAAACCUGCCUCUUGCUGUUUAUGUUGUGAUAUUCUACAGAAAUCAUUAAAAAUUAACUUCACUUUGGUCAUGGCAACCCCAACCAUAUUCCAAUUGUAUAUUGUAAAGGCAACUAUGAUCUUAGGACUUGAUUUGAAUUAAGAUGUAGGACACUAUUGUGUUGGGGGGGGGGGUGUUUAGCAUGUAAUGUGAAGAGGUAGAUAUGCCUAAUGAAAGGUAAAUAUAUAUAUACACCCAGAUGUUAGUAAGUUAUACAAGUAUGCAAAAUCAUUUUUAACAUUUUACAUUAGUAACAGUUCAGAUUAGCUUGUCACACAGCUAUAUUUCUGUAAUCGUACAUUUAAAAAAAUGAAUAGAAAAAUGCUGUCUUGUUAAUUGCCCCAAAAGCAUUGAUAGGAUAAAAGAUUUCCUUUUGUAAUGGGUUGUUGGAUAAGUCGUUUAUGUUUCUUUCAUAGGUCCUUUAUGAAAGAAAAAGGAGUCAAUAAUAUGUUGUCCAUUUUGUUCGAUAACUUUUUGCAAUCUUUCAGUGCGUUUCAUAAUUCCUCAUUCAAACAAAAAACUGUUUUUACUGUUGAAUAACUGAACAAGGUGUUGAUUCAGAACCUCAUCUGAAUUGAAUGUUGCACCACACAUGGAGUUUUGAAGAGAGUGAAACAAUCUAAGUCUGACAGCGCAAGGUCAGAUGAGUAUGGUAGGUGUGGUAACACAUCCCAUCCAAGCCCCAAUAAUUUUUGAUGGCUGUAGUCUCACUUUGUGAUGAAAGGUAACUCCUUUACAAUUAACAGGCUCUGGAUGUUUUGGGAUGAUUGAUUUGUUCAAACUGUCCAGUGGCUGAUAGUAAAUAUUCAGAUUGAUUUUUAAACUAUCAGUUUGUAGGAUCUCAAGAAACAAGACACCUUUAAAAUCCCACCACACUUGAGAGCAUAACCUCCCUCUGAUGAAUGACUGAUUUUUAUACCUUUUAUGUGAAUCAUAACAUCGAGACCUAGACCGUUUGGGCAUCAUACAAUCCACUUCUCACCACCAGCUAUCGGUUGGUCGCUUCCAAAAAAAAAAGGGGUUUCCUCACAUUUAAUGUCACAGAUUAUCACAUGCAUCGUAAAAUAAACUUCAAGUUCAUGAGGAACCCAAAUACUGAGCUUGUUUACAUAUUCAAGCUUCUUUAGGUGGUCUUGUGGAAUGUUAAAUCUGCAAUGUCUUGUCCUGUAAUGUGUAGCAUCUUUUAAAUAAAAAUUCGCCAGAAUGGAAUUUUGUCAACCAUCAUCAGACUGAUGUUCUUGUAGAGCAUUGUUGUCAUAAACUUUACACAAGUUUUAUGUAUAUUCUUCUCUUUGCAGAAUUAAAAUAUCACGAAAAUGCUGUUUGGUCUGCCAUCUUGUAAAAUCUCCCAAACUUAUCUGAAUCGCUUAACUCUUUUUUUUUUUUUUUAACAAUGAUGCUAGAACUGUCAUUGGCAUAGAAAUAACCAUUACUUUCAAAAGUGAAUUAGAGUCAUCUGUUGCAGAAAUGCAUUGUGACGUUUCAAACUUGAUAUUUAUAAACUACAUGAUUGUUUCAAUUUGGAAUUUAAAGGUAAAAAUGUCAAUACUUCAAAUAAUGGCAUGUGUUUAUAGAAAGCUGAUAUAAACAUGAACCAGUAUAAAGGUUUACCUUCUUUAGCAAGUAUUCAAAGGUUGUUGGGAUUAUCUUUCUGUCUAUUGCAAUUUGUCUGCUCCACUAACAAUUUCACCAUUCAACUGGCAUGACAACUAUAUAAAUCCAAAUACAAGACGUUUUUGCUAAAGAUGUGCAUUGCUUUAUGAUGGAUUAUUCAAAUAACUUCGCAUUUGAAAUGAAUGUAAGAGCAAACGCCUCGAUUUUUUAAACAAAAGUGUGUGAGCAGCUGUCACAGGUACAAUUACUAUGUUACCACACAAAGGGUAUCCUGUAGAUUAUUUUCAGUCCUUGUUUUGGUAUGGUGUUGCCUUAACACAUGGGAAAAUCAGUUGUGCAUGAAAAGCUGUCGGUCGCCAAGUUCCUACCGAUCACCUUUGCCAUUAAAUGUUCAUUUCAUAGUUGUCUAUUACAAGCUGCCAGGCUCUCAAAAGAAAGAACCAAGCCGCCUUAACAAAGGCACAUAAACUAGCUGUCACUCAGAUAUUCCUUUACAUAUUUUUUUUUCUUUUUGGCUUCAUUUUCUGGGAUUGUGAUAACUCAAAACUGUACACCAUUUAUUCUUGCUUUGCAUUAAAAUUCAAAAACCUAGUAUUGAUACUUUUUCUUUAUAAACCUUUUUUCAUGUUGCUAAAUCCUCUAACUUAGAGCUCAAUUUAAUGACAUGUACUGAUUAUUGGAGCUAUCAUAUAGGUAGACUAGUCAUGCCACAUGUCUUGGGCAACACAGAUCAGGUCUUGCACAAGGACAAAUCCUCAAACCACAAUUUAUGGUUCAGUCUGGUUACAAAUAAACAACUUUAGGCCUGGCCAGUCCUUGCUGAUGCAGUAAGCUUCACGACUCCUUUUUCUUUCCAAAGAAAGUACUUCACUGUGUACUUUUAUGUAGUUUAUUAUGUAUUGUACAUAAGUGUGCUUUAAUUUUAAACUGGCGGCGCUGUAGGUCUGUAAACACAAGCAUUAUCACAAACACCUGAAUGUGUUUCACCUAUGAUGCCAUUAGAUAUAAAUGCUUUGAAUUACAAGCCAUAAAUAUUUUUAAUGAUCAUUAACAUUGCUUUUGGUAUACAAUCCAAAUUUAUAAAAAUCAGCAUAAACACACACAAUUGAGCAAAUAUAGCCAACCUGCUUUAUUUACUGUCAGCUCAAUUGACAGAACGCUUAAAAAAAAAAA